AUGUUUGCGUCCGGCGUUGGCAUCCCUCUGCUGCCGGGGCGUCUGGUGCUGAUGCUGCUCCUGCUGUCGGCCUCUGAGCCGCGGCCCUCCCAGGCCUGCCCCGGGCUGCUGACCUCCACCAGCGGCUGCAGCUGCACGGACGACCGACCCAAAGUGCACGGUGUCCAGCCCGCGGGGAGAAAGGUCAGCUGCAGCAAGGCGGAGCUGCUCGAACUUCCGGAUGCCAGCUUGCUCCCCAAUAGGACCGUCACUCUGAUACUGAGCCACAACAAAAUCCGAGUUCUGAGAAAUGGAUCCUUUACUGGACUCAACGCUUUGGAGAAGCUGGACCUCAAGUACAACCUAAUCAGCACCAUUAUGCCCGGAGCCUUCCAUGGCCUGUCUGAGCUUCGGAAACUUGACCUAUCCAACAACCGCAUUGGCUGCCUGACAGCAGACAUGUUCCAGGGGCUGACCAAUCUAACUAAACUGAAUUUGUCUGGCAACAUCAUAUCAACUUUUGAUCCAGGGGUGUUGGAGGAGCUGUCGUCUCUAAAGCUGGUAAACUUCAAUUCGGACUACCUGUCAUGUGACUGUGGACUGCGUUGGGUCCCAGGUUUCUUUCGGAGCAGCUCAAUUCGUUUGGGAGAAGAAACUCUGUGUGCCCACCCCAGGAGCCUGAGGGGAAAGCCCCUCCGCGGGCUGAGGGAAAGCCAGCUCAGCUGUGAUGGUCCCCUGGAGCUGCAUACUCUGUCGCUACUGCCAUCCCAGCGUCAGGUGGUUUUCAGAGGCGACCCGCUCCCCUUCCACUGCACCGCAGCUUUGGUGGACAAGGUCACAGCCAUAUACUGGCGUCACAAUGGUCAGAUGGUGACCUCUGACCCAGGCAUGGGUGUCCAGUUGGAGAACAGUCUGCUGCAUGACUGCACCUUCAUCACCAGUGAGCUUAUUUUAUUCAACGUCCAUGUGGAAGCCAGUGGAGAGUGGGAGUGUGUGGUUACUACUGGGCGGGGCAAUACCUCUCGCUCUGUUGAAAUAGUGGUUCUGGAGAACAGUGCCUCCUUCUGUCCGGAAGAUAAAGUUGUUAACAACCGUGGGGAGUUCAGAUGGCCAAGAACUCUGGCAGGCAUAACCUCUCAUCAGUACUGCUUACAGCUCCGCUUCCCCUCCCUGUCUGUGGAGGGGGGGAUUGAGCAGAAAAAAGCAUCUCGAUAUUGUGAUCGCUCUGGAAACUGGCAAGAGGGUGACUACUCAAACUGCCACUACACCAACGGCAUAACCCGUGUCCUGCACACCUUUAUCCUGAGGCCCAUUAAUGCAUCCAAUGCUCUCACUGUGGCACACCAAGUCCGGACCUACACUCUGGAGGCUGCAGGUUUCACCGACUCGGUAGAUGUGCUGUAUGUGGCUCAGAUUAUGGAGAAGUUCAUGGAAUAUGUCAGACAUCUGCGAGAGUUGUCCGAGAUGAUGGUUGAGAUGGGCAGUAACCUGAUGCAGGUGGACGACCAGAUCCUUGCACUUGCCCAAAGGGAAAAGAGAGCCUGUAGCUCCAUUAUCCACUCCCUAGAGACCCUGGCUUGGCCUCAGUUACACAGUCAUGCUCAAGACUUCUCUAUGGUUUCAAAGAACAUUGUGAUGGAGGCCCACCUGAUUCGACCUGCCCACUUCACUGGUAUCACCUGCACUGCGUAUCAGCAUCGGGACACGUCACUGAGCCGGCCGGGCGUGGAGACGUCAGAGUCUGCUCAUGAACAACAGCUUCAUUUCCGCUGUAGCACCGGCUCACACAACACUUCACUCAACAACUUCCCCCUGAAGAAUUCUGUAGCUCUGGCCUCUGUGACCCUUCCAGCAACUCUGUUUCCUCCUGAUGCUGCUGUAGACUGUAAAUUACAGUUUGUAGCUUUCCGAACUGGCAGUUUUUUUCCUCUGUCCGCAAACUCAAGCAGUUCUGUUGAACACUCCCGAAGAAGAAGUGUCAACACCCCUGUGAUCUUUGCAGGCCUCGACGGCUGCAGCAUGUACAACCUCUCUGAGCCUAUCUGGGUAUCCUUGCGCCACUUGUCUCCUGGAACUGAGGCAGUGGCGGCCCAGUGGAGCCUUGGGGGUCCAGACUGGCAGGGAGGCUGGAGCCAGGAGGGCUGUCAGCUUGUCCACAGUGACAGUAGCAUCUCCACAAUGCGCUGUUCUCUGCUCAGUAAUUACGCUGUGCUGCAGGAAGUGCCAGAUUUCCCCAUCCCCAGCCCACACUCUGUGAGGGUGCUCCACCCUGUGGUCUACGCCUGCACUGCAGUGCUCCUCCUGUGCCUCUUCACUAUCAUUAUUACACACAUACUACAUCACAGCUCAAUGCACAUAUCAAGGAAAAGUUGGCACACACUGCUGAAUACCUGUUUCCAUAUUGCCAUGACAACAGCAAUCUAUGCAGGAGGGAUAAGCUUGACCAGCUAUCCAGUGGUUUGUCAGGCUGUGGGCAUGGCGCUGCACUUCUCAUCACUGUCAACGCUGCUGUGGAUUGGAGUAAGCGCAAGGGUGAUUUACAAAGAAGCUCUGUGGAAAAUGCCUCGACAGACGGAGGGAGAGUCUCCUGUUCCACCCACUCAGCGACCCAUGCUGAGGUUCUAUUUAAUAGCUGAUGGAGUUCCUCUUGUCAUUUGUGGAAUCACAGCAGCUGUCAAUGUCAACAACUAUGGAGACAACAGCCCAUACUGCUGGCUGGUUUGGCGCUCCAGCCUGGGCUCUUUCUUUGUUCCGGCUGGCCUAGCAGUGUUGGUGACCUGGAUUUAUUUCCUGUGCACUGUAUUUCGCCUGAAGCACCGUGUGACCAAAGAAUGCACAGGAAACACCCUGUCCUCUCCAGGGACUGAGAGCCAUCCUGCGCUGACGGGAAGCACCAGCCUGCUCUCCACUGAUUCAGUGGUGGGACCUAUAACCUCAGCCGCCCCUCCAGAGGAUCAGUACUCGCUGAAGACACAGUUCUUUGUGUUGGUAGCCACCCACUUCCUGUUUGUGGCUCUUUGGUGUUGUGGGGCGAUGGCAAUGUGGCUGACAGGCCACAUCAGCCUGCUGUUCAGCUGCCUCUAUGGAAUGGUUGCCACAGUUUUGGGGGUCUUCCUGGUGACGCACCACUGCUUCCGACGAGUGGAUGUGCAGGCGUCAUGGCUGUCUUGUUGCCCGGGCUAUCGUCGCUCCCAUCCCAUGUCUACCUACACGCACACUUGCACAACUGGGACUGGAGUGCAGGCAUCUGAGCAGGGAUCCCAGCUUUUCAUCAACUGCCAUCCUCCCCAUGACUCUCAUAAUUCCUCCUCUGCCCGGUCAUCUUCCACACCGAGCGGCAUCAGCAGCGUUGGCCCCGGGCCUUGCAAACUCACCAACCUGUUGCAAGUGGCACAUGACAAUUCAAACAACACUUCCCGGGCCCCUACAGGCAACAACACAAGCACCAGUACUGACAAUAUAACCAAGCCCGUGAACAACGUUCUGCCAACUAUUAACUCUGCAGCCCCCGUACACCCCCAGCGAAGAAAAAUGAGUGGCAGAACUAAACAAGGGAGUAGUCAGUAUUAUCACCGUAGUGAGGGCAGAGGCCAUUAUCGGCUCAAGGCUCUAAGGGCCACCGGGGGCGGGGGCAGUCUUGGAGCAUUGGGGCCCCCAGGUUUAGAGCACCUCAAUUUGCCACACGGUGUUUACAAACAAGCCACAAGUGAAAAUGGCAGUAUCCACCACAGUCUCUCAGAGAAUCAGGCCAGCCUGCUGACAAAUGGGAAGCGGGUAGGAGAGUCAGUAGCCACCAGCCCCUCAGAGGGAAGUGACGGGGGGAGCAGCGGGAGCCGCAAACCCUUCCCUCUGCCACCCUCGGUGGCCAGCAGAGUGGCCAUGCAUGGUGCUCAGAGACGAUGCUCCAGCAGAGACAAUUUGAAAGUGGCGGCCUCUUCAGAGCGAGAAACAAAGCGCUGCUCCUACCCUUUGAACAGUGUCACCACCACUGUGCCUGGGGCUGCUGUCCCAAACGGCACCCUCAAAUCUUCAGUGCUAGAGCUUGAGCAGGACAUGAGCGGCACAGAUCAGUCCCAGAGUUCUGUGGGAAUGAAAAGUGGUUUAUGGAAAAGUGAAACCACAGUGUAAAGUUUAUUCACCGAUGAACAGCUAUGCAUGACCUUAAUGAAAAGAUUGGGUUAUGUUUAAUGGUCUCUUAAUAAUUAUGUAAUUUAAUUAAGAUAUAAUAUCAUGAAGGCAUUCUGGACCCUAAACUGGUACUUUUGCCUCUGUAGCAUUGUAAGAGUUUGCUGUGAAAUGAGAAGGCGUUUUUUUUUUUAAUGGUCGUUUCGAAGCAUAAGAUACGCAUUUAUUUUAUUCACUUUGCAAAAAAUGUACAAGAUAUUUCUGAAGUUGGCAUAUGAUGUGGACUUCUGAUGUUAAAUGAAAGCUUUAUUGUUUUAGUUGUAAUUUUUCUAUGCAUGAAAUGGAUUCCAAAAUUAUCCAUUUCUAAAGUACAACUAUAUGCAUUUAACCUGAGGGCAACUUUACACCCUUACGUUUGCUUCAAGUGAUUGUAUGUAUGUGCUUCUGUAUGCACUUGUUUGCUGUCAGUCUGUUAGUGUAUAUGUGUGUGUGAGUGUGUGAACAUGAACAAUGAGAGGACCUGCAUGUGUGUGGCUGUACAGAAUCUCAAGAGUGAAUUAAAGACCUAUGUGAUACUUUUGAACGUAAAAUAUGUCACUUUUAUUUCUGUGUACUGUUAACAGCACUGAUAGGGUGUCCCUUAUAUGAUGAACUAAGAGAGAAUAGCACAAAACAAAUGGGGGAGGGGGUUAAAUAGUUGGUUUCUUAUUAUUAGAGACAGUGAUCACCUUUAACAGAAGACAUUGUAAUGACAGCCCCUUCCUGGAGAGGAGAUAAUCAGUUCUGUCAUAUUCAAGGAUGAAAAAAAAGCAUUUCCUUAAAGGAUGGAAAUGAAACUGAAUGAGCUCAAAAACUGUGAUAUUGGUGUAGUGUUAGAAAAAUGUUUGAAUAUCUAUAUUUCAAACAGUUGCCAUACAUGAGGAGCUUGGUCAAAACAGUCCGAGCCUGCUUACCAAAGAUGUGGUGUACUUCUGUUUUUAUCUGUCUAAUACACUUGCUUCUUUGGAAAUUACCUAAGCGGGAAGUACCAUGUAAGGUUUUUCCAUUGUUCUAUAAGACCAGAUUCUGCAUAUUAUUAGACUUGGGUUUCAGUAUGCUCAGCUCGCAGUGUAUAGUGUUUAUAUUUUCUGGGUAAAAUUAUAACAAGUCCAACCACGGUGUGACUUUGACUCACGGCUGCAAAUAUAAUUCCACAAUCGGCUGGCUUUGCUCAUGAUUCAAAUUUGAUUUUGCAAUAUGCCCUGAGGUUUGAUCUUAACUUUGUGUCCUUGCCAUUUAACUGUCAUUUGUCUAUUAUUUUCAAAAGGCGUAUUCAAGAGAAAUUAUGUUGAUUCAAAAUAAAAAGGGA